UCAAUUCUGUCCUGAAGACCUGGGCGCAAAAGGACGUCUUCUUCUCCAGCUUGUCUAUACCCACAGCGGGUCUGGUGGCGGUUUUGUCCGAUACGGCCAGCGGUGACACGUGGUACGACGAGUAUCUUUGCCUGAAUGCGACGGUAAGAAAUGCCACGAAGGUCAAAGAUGGAUUUCAGUUGACGGAGCCUAGCUCCAGGGUAUCAUGGUCCGUGAACACUCGGAUUAAUAAUGUGCGUCAUAUAUCCUUGAGCCACAACUUCACACUUGUGGCGUCGGUGAUCAUCGAAGAGGCUCCGAGUAAUAACACUCCUCUACUGACUGCGACGUUGGCGAACAAUAAUUCCAAUCAUACCAUGGGAGUGUCGUAUACCGCAGAUAACAAGUGGGGGAAGAUGUUCGAGGACAACACAAAAACACAAAGCAGCACUUGGGAGCCGAAGAAAGAACACCAAGUGGCACUCAUGCUGCAAGGCCAAAAGGCCUCUGUGUACAUUGAUGGUAAGUCGCUGGGGGAGGAAGAAGUGCCGUUAAAAGGUGAGACACCACUUGAGCUUUUUGGGUUUUGCUUUGGCGCGUGCGGUGAGGAUGCCGGCCAAAAAACUAAGGUGAAGGUGAAGAACGUCUUUCUGUACAAUCGCCCACUGAAUUCCACUGAGAUGCGUGCAAUCAAGGACAGGAAACCCGUUCCGACGAGAGCUCCAGAACCACAAGUGGAGAGAGCUACCACCACAGAACAUGCGGCUGCGGUAAGCUUUACCUCUGCUGGGAGCGGACUGCUGCCACUGCUUCUUCUGCUUGGGCUGUGGGGAUUUGCGGCUGCGUGA